GAAAGCAGCAGUGUGCGUCGACUACUGAUUACCUUGUGCUUUGGACAAUCCGUUACUGAGACCUUAUUCCUUGGAUAUAUUCAAAAUAAAAGGACAUAAUUAGAAUUUGUACUCCACUAUGUUUAAGAAAAAGCUGGGUUUACCUUGUGAAGACUGACUGGAAGCAAAAACCAGCCAGAAAGUGUGAACCGGUUUGGCUGGAGAAGGGAAGAUGGCGUUGUAACCUGUUCAUUGGGAGGAAUGCUAAUGUGAACAGAAAAAGACUAUACAUUGGGAUUACGACUGCAUUUACCCAUGGAAUAAAGGCUUCUUUUUUAAAUUCCUACGGGUAUCAAUGUCGACCUUGUUAUGACUGCCUCGUUGUGACCAUCUCCUGCUUCUGAUUCAGUGACUCUGCACCUAAGAAAUGGGGAACAGCUUUUCAAACAUAUCUGCCUUCCAGUCUCUCCACAUCGUGAUGCUAGGUCUGGACUCUGCAGGCAAGACGACUGUCCUCUACCGGCUUAAGUUCAACGAGUUCGUAAACACGGUGCCCACCAUCGGCUUUAACACGGAGAAGAUUAAGCUUAGCAAUGGCGCAGCCAAGGGCAUCAGCUGCCACUUCUGGGAUGUCGGUGGCCAGGAGAAGCUCCGUCCGCUUUGGAAGUCGUACAGCCGCUGUACAGACGGCAUCAUCUACGUGGUGGACUCGGUGGACGUGGACCGGCUCGAGGAGGCCAAGACAGAACUGCACAAGGUGACCAAGUUUGCAGAGAACCAAGGAACACCACUGCUGGUCAUCGCCAACAAGCAAGACCUGCCCAGGUCUCUACCGGUGGCAGAUAUAGAGAAGCAGCUGGCACUGAAUGAGCUGACCCCGUCUACUGCGUACCACGUUCAGCCUGCUUGUGCUAUCAUCGGUGAGGGGCUCCACGAAGGCAUGGACAAACUGUAUGAGAUGAUCGUGAAACGGAGGAAAGCUUUAAAGCAGAAAAAGAAACGAUAAUGGAUCAUCGAGAUUUUUUUUUAUCUUCGAUCAUGCCUUUCUGCAGCUUGUGGCCAUUUGUCAUGUGCCAAUGCGAUGAUGCACGGCUCGGAUUUAUGAUUUGGGCAUGCACUCGGUUGGAUUUAUUUUUUUAAAGGACAAACGCUCUUCGGUUUGCUGGAUGGUUUAGACCACAAUAGACUUGAAAGAAAGACUUAAAGAUAACUUAUGUGAAAAGGGGCUGGUCCCAUUUUCUGCUGCUGUUUAUUUUCUCUGCAAGUAGCCUCGUUAUCAUACCGAAGGAGUUCUCUAGCACUGUGAAAGAGUACGGACCCUACAGUUCUGCUUCGCCCAAUGCUCGAUUUCUUUUCAACGUCCGUCUCGAGGCAUACCGUGGGCAUCGGGAAAAAAACCCUUCCUGAAAGACUCCUGUUAAGAUUAGUUCUGAUCUGUGUAUGACUUGAUAAGGACCAGCAAAUACAUUCUGAAUGAUGGACUUGGCAUACACAUCCAGGAUGAUUAAGACAUCAAAGAACAUGACAUGGUGGUUGGUGCUUAACAUUCAUGUGCUAGCGAAUCAGUUCACCACUUGGCACUUUUUGUUACCAAAACCAGUAGAGUUCAACACUGUAUUACAAAGCUCAAAUUAUUGUAUUACACAUUCAAAAGAUGAAAGCUGAAAAAUGAAUUAUUUUUCAAUUAAAACAUAAAGACAAAUGCUUUA